AAAUCCCGCCGAGGAACACCUGAGGGCUGGGCCGCGCCAUUCCCGGAUCCGCCGGCUGGGAAUCGCGGGUCCCCGCGCGUCCUGCAGCGCUUCCCGCGCUGCGCGCCCAGCCCAGUGCGCCGGCUCUGUGCGGGGGUGCCCGGGCAGUCGGGAGAAUGAGCCGCAUCUACCACGACGGCGAACUCCGGAACAAGGCGGUGCAGAGCGUCCGGCUGCCAGGGGCCUGGGACCCCGCCGCCCACCAGGGGGGAAACGGUGUCCUGCUGGAGGGAGAACUGAUCGAUGUAUCUCGGCACAGCAUCUUGGAUGCUCAUGGCAGGAAGGAGCGCUACUACGUGCUGUAUAUCCAGCCCAGUCACAUCCAUCGCCGUAAAUUCGACGCCAAGGGAAAUGAAAUCGAGCCCAACUUCAGCGCCACCAGGAAGGUGAACACGGGCUUCCUCAUGUCGUCCUACAAGGUGGAAGCCAAGGGGGACACUGACAGGCUUACGCCCGAGGCGCUGAAGGGGCUGGUCAACAAGCCAGAGCUGCUGGCGCUGACAGAGAGCCUCACCCCUGACCACACAGUGGCAUUCUGGAUGCCCGAGUCGGAGAUGGAGGCGAUGGAGCUCGAGCUGGGGGCCGGGGUACGGCUGAAGACUCGGGGCGAUGGUCCCUUCCUGGAUUCAUUGGCCAAACUUGAGGCUGGAACAGUGACCAAGUGUAAUUUCGCUGGUGAUGGAAAGACAGGGGCAUCCUGGACAGACAACAUCAUGGCCCAAAAGUGUUCGGAGGGGGCUGCAGUGGAGAUCCGAGAGCAGGGGGAUGGGGCAGAGGACGAGGAGUGGGAUGACUGAGGGACAUGGCUGCCUCCGGGGGCACCAGCACCUUCUGUAGCAUUGUGGAAAAUUUCUUCCGUGAACUUCUACUCUGGAGCUGGAGAGAACAGUCUGCCAAGUCUUACCUGGUUCUUCCCCAUAGCCACCUUGGAAUACUCUUCGAACAAGUUCUGCUAAAACCAAACCCAUGACCACUGUGUUGGUGGGAGGGCCCCAUGCUGUGGCUCAUGGAGGGCCCCUCCCUGCAUGUGAGUCUAGCCUUCCUAGGCAUUACAUGAUGACCCUGAAAAAAAUAUUAGAGAUGGAGGUCUCACUAUGUUGCCCAGGCUGAUCUCAAACUCCUGGACUCAAGCGAUCCACCCACCUCCGCCUCCCAAGGUGUUGGGAUUACAGGCAUGAGCCACCACACCCGGCCUCAUGUUGACGCUGGCCCUGGAUAGCAGCCUUGUUUUUGGAGGCAGGUGGUGGGAGAGACCCUAGGACAGCCUGAGAGUAACUGGACCUGGUAUUGGUGCGGAGUGGGGAAUAUCCCUUGCCUAAACGCAGAGCAGCUGAGAGAAGUUAGCGGGGCUCUUCCUCUGUUCUCAUUGUUUCCUGCUUUCCUUCCCCACCCACCCCUUCCUCAGCACUCUGUGUUGUAGCCUGUACUAUCCUGCUUCAAGCCUCCAUGUCCCUUGUACCUUCCUCCCACCUUGAGUUGCCAGUUCUUUAUUCCCACAAUGAUCCCAUGCCACCUCGGGGGUUUCUGUCAUCUGACAUCCCUGGCUGCUUUCCUGGUAGAUGCCAUUCUCAGAGAGGCCAACAGCAUUCCCAGGUGUGGCUGGCUGGUCCGCAUCUCUCAGACUCACUCUGCCAGGCUACAGUUACGAGAAUCCCUUUUCUGUUGUUGUUUUGUACCUGGAGAACUUUUUAUGAAUGAGUAAAUCUUCAGAAAGGAAUUCCUCCACCCUUACUGGGUUAUUGUCAGGUGUAAACGGCCUUUCAGCUGAGCAAUGUUCCUAUGAGAAGGAAGCCAUUUCUCUUGGGUCAUGAACAUUGCCUUUUGGGUAGUAUACCCACACCCAGAUCUGUGAAGAGACCUGGAGUUGAAGUCUCCAUAUUGUCAGGACUUGGUGGCAUGUGGAUAUUGCUUGACUUGGGAAAAGAGAGGGUGGUGGUGAACUAAUAAUUACGGAGUCCCCCUAAUGUGUCGAACACAGUGCUAGAUGAUUUCCAUGAUAA